AUGACAGGUCAGGUCCUGAGGGAACGUGGCGGCAGGGGUUCCGCGGAGGACAGCACGGCAAUUCGUAUCAACGUGGGUGGCUUCAAGAAGCGUCUCUACACGGACACUCUGUCUAGGUUUCCGGAGACACGGCUGGCACGUCUUCUCCACUGCCGGUCCAGGGAGUCCAUACUGGAGCUGUGUGACGAUUACGACGAUGCAGAGAAAGAGUUUUACUUUGACAGGAAUCCUGCACUUUUCCCCUACGUGAUGAAUUUUUACAACACAGGCCGACUACACGUCAUGGCUGAGCUGUGCAUCUUCUCCUUUAGCCAGGAGAUCGAGUACUGGGGCAUUAACGAGUUCUUCCUCGACUCCUGUUGCAGCGGUGCGUACCACUGUAGAAAAAUGGACCAGGACCGAGAGGAUUGGGAGGACAGAAGUGACGAAGGGAGCACCACCUCGUCAUUCGACGAGCUUUUGGAGUUUUACAACGACGCCACCAAAUUUGACAAGCAACCACUGGGGAGCAUCCGUAGGCGUGUUUGGUUGAUGCUAGACAAUCCAGGGUAUUCAGUGGCUAGCCGUGUUAUUAGUGUCCUCUCCAUAUUGGUGGUACUGGGCUCCAUUGCUACUAUGUGCAUGAACAGCAUGAGCGAGUUCAGCUUGGUGGAUGCUGAGGGGCAGCCCACGGAGGACCCUCGCUUUGAGAUCAUGGAACACUUUGGCAUCGCUUGGUUCACGCUGGAGCUGGUGGCAAGGUUUGCAGUAGCCCCAGACCUUGUGCACUUUUUCGACCACCCGUUGAACCUGAUCGACUUGGUGUCCAUACUUCCCUUUUAUCUGACACUUGUUAUCAACCUAGUGGUAGAGAGCAGCCCGGCGCUUGCCAACUUGGGUCGUGUGGCUCAAGUGUUGAGGCUCAUGAGGACUUUCCGGAUCCUGAAGCUGGCACGCCACUCCACUGGGCUGCGCUCCCUGGGGGCCACCUUGAGGAACAGCUACAAAGAGGUGGGCCUUCUGCUCCUCUAUCUCGCAGUCGGGGUGUCUUUUUUCUCCGUCAUGGCCUACACGGUUGAGAAAGAAGACAGCGAGGACCUGUCCACCAUACCGGCGUGCUGGUGGUGGGCCACGGUCAGCAUGACCACCGUGGGCUACGGAGACGUGGUGCCCCUGUCUAUAGCGGGCAAGCUGACCGCUUCAGCCUGCAUCCUGGCGGGAAUCUUAGUAGUAGUGCUUCCGAUCACUCUUAUUUUUAAUAAAUUCUCCCUGUUUUACAAGAGACAAAAACAGCUGGAGAUCGCAAUGAGAAGCUGUGAUUUCGACGAGGGUAUAAAAGAGGUGCCCUCAGUCAACCUGAGGAACUAUUAUGCACACAAAGUCAAGUCUCUUAUGGCCAGCCUGUCAAACAUGAGCAGGAGUUCACCCAGUGAGCACAGUCUGAAUGAGUCAAUACACUGA